UUAAGAAAUUCAUCCUGCGUCUUACUAAAUCGAAGUGCGUUUCUCUUCUAUUCGAUGAUCCCUUAUCCUUGAUCCACUUUGACUAUGCAACCGAGGCGCGGGAUUCUAUGUUUGUAAAUUGAAUGAAACGACUUCACGAGUUCGCCGUUGACCUAGUUUAUAAACGAAGUUACAUAAUUAGGCAAUUGAUGGUGUUAAGGAGUUAAAGAAACCGUUUCCGUGUCUGUCGGGGGAGAAAUUUCAAAAAAAUUUCAUUCUAAUGCCCACUCGGAGGCGACGAGGUGCGCAUGCGUCGCGUUCGGUACGAGGCAAAAUAUUACAAAAAACAAAAUGGUUUCCCUCUCGUAAAAUGUGUUUACGGCGCGUUUUUCUCGUAUACCUGUGUGUAAUGUGACCCCGUUGUCGACAACUCCAUCAUAUUUCGGCCCCACAAGGCCCCACGAACAUCCACCAGCGACUUCCAAUCUAACUACAACAAAGCCACCAUCGACGAAGCCAACGUGACGCCAAUACCGAUGGAAAUAGUGUAAAUAAAUAAAUGCCGAUCGCGUAGCAUUUGUUUAUGCGAGGGUAAAGCGAUUUGUUUUGGACAGCUGUAUUAUUGGAGGGAUGUGAGGAAGAACUUGUAAUAUCUCGUAAAUUUUGGACUAAAAUUAUGUAAUGAUGAGGGUUUACAGUGAGGUGAUCAACAUCACCUCUUCAUUUAUCGUUUUCACUCGCUCGGAUGAGUAGGAUGGCUUUAAAGUUAAAUUCCGAGAUGUUCUCGUUUUUUCGGGUUUUUCUUGGUGCCAUGGGUACAAUGUUAGGUUGGGAUGGUGUCUGUUCGCUAGUUUAGCAAAGAGUUGGGUUCUGCAUUAUGAAGGAGAUGGUAGGAGGGUGUUGUGUUUGUUCUGAUGAUAGAGGAUGGCCUGAAAAUCCGCUUGUUUACUGUGAUGGACAAUCGUGCACUGUUGCUGUACACCAAGCUUGUUACGGAAUUGUGACUGUUCCAACGGGACCGUGGUAUUGUCGUAAAUGUGAGAGUCAAGAACGAUCUGUUAAAGUAAAAUGCGAACUUUGUCCAAGCAAAUAUGGUGCAUUAAAACGCACCGAUACUUCUGCGUGGGCUCACGUAGUUUGCGCCCUGUAUAUACCAGAGGUGCGAUUUGGAAACGUGACUACAAUGGAACCGAUUCAAUUGCAGAUGAUACCUGCUGAACGAUUUAAUAAGUCUUGUUAUAUUUGUGAAGAAAGCGGAAAAGCAUCCCAAGCUUCAGUAGGAGCUUGCAUGCAGUGCAAUAAAUCUGGUUGCAAGCAACAAUUUCAUGUAACUUGCGCCCAAGGACUUGGACUUCUCUGCGAGGAAGCAGGAAAUUAUCUAGAUAAUGUCAAGUAUUGUGGUUAUUGUCAGCAUCAUUAUAGUAAAUUGAAAAAAGGUGGUAACGUAAAAACAAUACCCCCAUAUAAACCGGUCUCUGCGGAAAAUCAUCAUUCCGAUUCAAGUUCGGAACGCGAACAGGAAAAUUCCACCACAGCGAAACCAAUUCAACCCACCCAAAGUAAUAACUCAACAUCAACCUCUUCGAAAAGAAAAUCAUCUUCAAGUAGCAAAACAUCGACUUCCUCAUCGAAAUCGAGCUCAUCUUCAAAAUCAUCGAGCCACCAAAAGGUUAUUCAUAGCUCCAGCAGCAAAACAAGCUCGGAAAAAGUAUCGAAAUCGAGUAGCGCAAGUGUUAAAAGUGUUAAGAAUAAUUCCGUGACGGACGAUACAAGUGCUAUAAGUGAACCAGUUGACGGUAAAAGUGGUGAAAAAAGGGAUAUUAAAGACGGGGACGAUUUAAAGGAAAUUAAAGAACACGAAAAAAGUAAAGGGAAAAAACGGAAAGCGAAUUCUAGAACUCCAACUCCUAUUUCUGUUGUUACUGGAAGUAGUGAUAGUGUUAAUGUAGUGGUCGGGGUUGCUACUGUAACAGAAACUAGUACUGUGGUUGUGACAAGUAGUGAAAAGAAGGAUAAUUUGAGUUGUAUAGAAAAUAAUGAUAAACUUAAAAAGGUUAAAACCGAUACAAUAAAUCACCCUUCAAUAAUUCAUCAGCAAUCAACGACUCCCACAAUCGUUACUCCAACGAUAACCAACAAUUCUCCAACACCAGUGUUACCGGAACCAGUGCCAAUAACUACAUCGACGAGUCCCACGCGAAUUUCGACGACAGUUUCGACACCGUCGAUCAUUCAAUCAGCACCUUUAAGUCAACCGGCUGUUAAUUCUUUGGUGGUAUCAGUUCCUUUACACAGCGCUAGUCUCAGUCCGCACGCGCAUAUUGUUAAUAAUCAAGUUAAGUCGGUUUCAGCGGCUUCAUCACCGUUUUUAGGUCUCCAAGAACGUAGCCCAAGCGUUACUUCCAGCCCUCCAGCAACUGGGAUAAUGCCUGGAGCUAAUAAUAACCAAAGCGGAGUUAUUACAUCAGAAAUGAGUGGUGGAGGUUUAAAAAUAACGUAUGAAAAGCAAAUACCUUCAAACAGUACUUUGCAAGUAGACCUUGAAAGGAUAACGCCAAUUCCGGAAGUUCCAGCGAAAAGAUUACGUUCUGAAUCGACGGAAAAGGAAAAACCACGAAGAAAACGUGGUUCUCACACGUUAGGUACAAGUUUAGCAACGAAUUCGACGAUGACGACGAAAAGGGCGAGUAGGUCGCAAUCGAAUCUCGAUUUAACUGCGCAACACGCAGCGAGUUCAUUUAGUGGACUUUCUCAGAGUACGAUAAAAGAAUCUCCGCCGAGUUCGCCAAGUUCGGAAAGUCUUGGAUCAGCGCCUUCGAACGGUAGGAAAAAGGGGAGGAAAAGUGCUCCGGCAUCUGUGUGCUCCACGGCGAAUCCUAAGGAUUCUAAAGAUAAUGUUAAAGUUUUUCAAAAUGGAAUACAUGCUCCGCAUAUGUUGGGGAACCAAUUGAAUCCUAAUUCGAACAUGGCGCAGAAAAUGUCGGAUCAUCUAAAUUCUGAGUUGGAAGCCCAUAGUAUAUUUACGCCAAAUGAGGCUUCUUGUAACUUAGUUGGACCUCCUUUACAACACCGAGUUAUAGCAUCGGUUCGUUCAAAUAGUACUGGUGGAUCGAGUACCGCUUCUGGCGGUAGUGGAUUAUCUUCAAUGCUUGGUGGAAAUUCUGGAGCUUUACCACAAACAUUAGAACAAUUACUUGAGAGACAUUGGGAACAAGGUUCACAAUUUUUAAUGGAACAAGCUCAACAUUUUGAUAUUGCUUCAUUAUUAACGUGUUUACAUCAAUUACGAGCUGAAAAUUUGCGUCUUGAAGAACACGUCACAGCCUUAGUACAACGAAGAGAUCAUUUAUUAGCUAUAAACGCUCGAUUAGCUUUACCUUUGGUAACUCAACCAACCGCCCAAACCAAUCAUGGUCAUACAACAAAUAACAUUCAUCCUCAUGUUUCAUCAACCCCCUCCGUGGAUAAUUCAAGACAAAGACACUCUAAUUACACGCAUUCGUCGACGCAGGGAGGCCCAAUUGAAAAUGGGUUGCCCCCCGAUCCGUAUUCGCCUGUUCGUCCUGUUUCUGCACAACCUCCUCAACCAAGUCCACAAUCAGUUCGACAUUCACCGGCUGCUAAUCCAUCUUCUUAUUCAUCUGGUGGUUUAAUAAGGCAGGGUUCAGGUGAAACUACAAAUCGAACGUCUUCAAGAUCGCAACAACAGUUUCAAAUUUCUUAUCAAAAUUCAUCAACGGUGUCGCAACAGAUGUUGAUGAGAAGAGAUGCAGACGUUCACCACCAAUCAGUGAAUAAACCCAGCUGAGAAACAGAGAACGAAAUUUUUAGCAUAACACGCCUUUUAGACCUGCGUUAAAACAAUCCUACAGUGUACAUAAAAGUAGUCGAUGUAAAUUAAGGUCAACAUUUUUUUCUCCUUUUUUAUGCAGAAUCAUUGUGUAUUUAAUAAGUGUAUAUAAGACUUUUUUGUUUUGUUUCUUUAUUCUUUUUUUCCUUUUUACCAUAAGUUUUUUUCUUUAAGUUUUGUGUUCUGUAUGUACUUAACCAAUGUACCAAUUGUUGAAGUCGUUCGUUUAUAGUUUAAAAGAAUUCAUUUAACCCUUUAUCACACUUCAAUUUUAUUAAUUUAUUAACUUUAAGGUGUUCUGGGAAAUUAAUUCGCGAUAUUUCAUUUGAGUUCAAAUUAAAAUUACUGAGAAAAGUACUAAGUGAUUUUAAGAUGCAGGAAAAGUAAAUACUCACAUCAUAUUAUAUAGCUUUGUUAUAACAUAGCCUAACUUUUUUUAUCUAAAUGUUUUUAAUAUUAAAGUAACCCAGAACAUACAAUUUUAAAGAUAAUCUUUGCUAAAUAAGUGUGUUAAAGGGUUAAUUUAGAUUAAUUUAAUUUUAGCCUGUCACUGCCAUUUCUCAAAUAAUUAAAAUAAAACUAUAUAUAACAUCUAGUCAAAAUUGUUUUGGGUUUGAUACGAAAGUUUUUUUGUUUGUUCUAACUAAAAUAGGUUGUACUUAAUCUUUGUUUUUGUUGUAAUUAAUUUUCUUGGUCUUUAUUCAGUGCCUAAAACCACUCAAAACAAAAAAAUGAUUUCAGAAAAAAGAAAAACGUAAAAAGUUGCUCAUGAUUAAAACAAAAACCUUUUAGAAUUAAGAGUAAUAAACGGUAAUUUCUAAGCGAAUAUAAAAAA